AAGCAAAAGUGGGGGAGAAAAUGACAGAAAGGCCGGAGCGACACAAAGAAAGAGGCCCAAUACCAUACAGUCCACAAGUCGCGCGCGGGCCGCGGGGUAGAACGCAAGCGGAGGCGUCCCUGGCAACAAAGGCAGCAAUGGCGACGGGGUGGCUCGCAGGGUCUCUCCCCCUCCGCUCCGCAUCCACAGCCCCGUCGGCGGCCAGGGCACAGCCUCUCCCCUCCGCCGCCGCGCCACGCCGCAUCCCAGCGCGACUUUCGGUUGCCACGGGCGGGGGCGAGCAGCAGCUCGUCACCGCGCAGGAACCGGCGCACGAACCUGAUUAUGGAGUUGUAAGCAUUCACCAUGUCGGGAUCCUGUGCGAGAAUCUUGAGAGGUCACUGGCGUUCUACAAGGACCUACUGGGUCUGAGGGUGAAUCCAGCUCGGCCAAACGACAAGCUCCCGUACAGGGGCGCUUGGCUCUGGGUGGGUUCUGAGAUGAUCCACCUGAUGGAGCUGCCGAAUCCUGAUCCGUUGACCGGACGCCCCGAGCACGGCGGACGUGAUCGGCAUACCUGUAUAGCGAUUAGAGAUGUUCUGAAGCUGAAAGAAGUUUUUGAUGAAGCUGGAAUCAGCUACACGCUAAGCAAAUCUGGGAGGCCAGCGAUCUUUGCAAGAGACCCAGACGGGAACGCGUUGGAGUUCACCCAAGUGUAGCAACUGGAAAACUCCUUCCAUGCUAGAGCAUCUCAUGGAUACCAAGAGGUCAUAGACUUUGCUGCUUGUAUUUCUUGUAGCUGCUACAAAUAAAGACCUGGCAGAUAAAUACCGCUUGUACAUAUAUUACAUGUCGAUCAAGGAUUUGAGCAAGUAAAAAUAAAGGCAGAUAAACGGUGUGUUUGGUUUAUGGAGUCA